AUGUUCUUUCUGUCUCUUCUCGCAUGCUUACAAUUCAUUGGACUUGCAAGUUCGGCGAAGUUUAGCGCGUCCCUGCAAAAGCUAGGUUCGUCCAUCGAUCUUCAAGGAAAUUUUGAUUCCAAACAUCCCGUUUACGACUACUUGGAGGACGAAUAUUGCGGUAGGACAACUCAUUUUUUGGAAGCGGGCAGCUAUAUUAAAACUUAUUAUAUUUCAAAAUUUUAGUCACCGUCGCUAUUGGAACUCCGCCAAAAGAGUACAAUCUAGUAGUCGACACAAGCAGUGACGUGAGUUGGGUACCGCAUGUGGAGUGCGGAGAGGGCCCAAAAGGAUGUCAGCCGUGGUGCAAAGGUGGGUCCAGAGGCUGCUCAUCGUGUGAGUCGGAGCUGACUUUUGACGCCUUUUUUUAAUCGCCAAAAAAAGCAAAGUUAUUUCCGCCAAGGAACUUUUUGAGGAGUUUUUGUUGUGGCUCAAUGUGCAUGUUUCCGGGAGACCGGAGCAAUUCCCCAUUUGUAAAAUGGUAAAUGAAAUAUAUCCGUUUUUCAGAGAAACCCUGCAACUUCUUUUGCAUCAAAGAGUGCUGCAUUCCGGAGGAGCAACGGGACAAAGGUUGCUUGCGAAAGAAAAAGUACAAUCCAAAGGAGUAAGCUCAUUAUUUUCCCGACAGACCGGCAGUUCCGUCAAAUACGCAUAACGUUUUGUACAGCAAAGUAUUUUAGCUCCGAGACCUACGAAAAAUCUUCUACAGAUUUUUCCUUCAACACCUCCAUUGGCAGAGUUCAAGGAUUUUACGGGAAAGAUAACUGGACUCUGGGAAUAAGUUCAGGAGAACCGUUGUCUGUGGAUGGCUUCAAGUUUGGCCUUGUAACCACACUUGGCCAAAAAUACAACAAAUCUGCGUUUGAUGGGGUCCUGGGGCUGAGUCGGAGCAGGAAUCGUAAGUUGAGAGCUUUCUGAAGCUCCAAUCGAGCCUACAGGAAAAGCGCUCCAUGGGCAAGCUUGUAAUUUGUAAAUAACUUAACGAAAGUCUAAACGUCUAAAGUGAGGGACCUGACCCAGUGGCAAAAAACGUAUCAUUUUGCAUCCAGGAAGUAUCACAAAAUGUAGCAAAAUACCUCCAUCUCCAAGUAAAAAAAUUCCGAUUUCAAAAGCUUUUUGUGAGGGAAAGGACUCGCCCUUCAAAACGAAGUUUCUUCAUUUGGAGAAGGAGGCAUUUUGCCACAUUUUUUGAUACUUCCCGGAUGCGAAAUGAUACAUUUCUUGCCGUAGGAUCAGGUGUUUCACUGUACUUCAACUUUCGCUUUGAAAACCCGUUAUAAACUUUGCAAUAUUUUAUAAUCCCUAACGCCUGUUUUUAGCCAAAUCCUUUGCUGUCCAAGCCAUUGAAAGCGGUCUUUUGGACGAACCUCUUAUGUCCCUGCAUUUCAAAUUCGGGGGCUACGACAAACAUGGCCGUCUCGGCGGCGCUCUCACUCUCGGCGGUCUUGAUCAUGACAACUGCGGGUUUGUUAAAAGCUGGAUUCCGGUGGAAGACAACGCCGCGUGGAUCUUCAAAAUCGACCGGCCCGUUCUGAACGGCCACCCGUUGAAGGGCGCGUUGGCUUUGUCCGACACUAGUUCCGCCUAUCUGCAUGGCCCCUUCGAAUGGAUCUACCCGUUCGCGCGAGGCAUAGGCGCCGAUUACGUGACGAACAAGGACAUUUGGGUGACCGGCUGCGAUGCCAACUUCACAGUGACCUUUGACAUUGGCAAACACACCUACAACCUUCCAUGGGAGUCGCUCGUUCAAGAGGUUUCGCCCGACCAUUGCGAGUUGAUGGUGAAAGCCACCGGCUACACACCGUAUACUUGGGUGUUGGGAGCGCCAUUCGCUCAAGCGUAUUGUCAUGUUUAUGACUUCGAAAAGGGAAGAAUCGGGUUCGCGGAGAUUCUGAAGUAA